GUAUGAGGAAGUAUACCCUGUCAUGGGUGUAUGCUUCCUCCAUCUCUCUCACCAGCUGUGAGAGAGAGAGAGGAGAGAAACGUACACUCGUAACAUGUGGUAUUUUCUCGCUCAGGACAGCUCUGUAUAUAUAUUAACUCUACUCUCUGUUCUUUACUCUCAGUUCACAUACCUCUCUGUUCUCUCUCAAGCAAAGAAAAACCCAAAUCAACACUGCAAAAUAUGGCCUUUGUGUCACAGUUAAGCCAAUUCAGUCUCUCAGUGGUCACUCCACAAACCCAAUUCACUCCCAAAGCUUCAGUUUUUGAGCCAAAUUCUGUUAAAAUCGGAGCGAAACGGGUCGAGAAAACCCGGAUUUGGACCGGGGAAUUGGUCCGGGAGAGGCCGAGUUUCCGGGUCAGAGCGGGGAGCGAAGAGGAGUUGGGUCCUAAGAAGGAAGAGGGGCCCGCGGUGGCGGUGGUGAAGGAGGUGAAGGCGGUGGCGGAGGAGGUGGUGACGGCGGCGCCAAGAGAGAUCGAUAGGCUGAAGAAGGCUUUGGUGACCUUGUUUAACGGGACUGACAGGGGGCUAAGUGCGACGAGCGAGACAAGAGCCAAGAUUACCGAGCUUAUCACGCAGCUGGAGGCGAAAAAACCCAUCCCUGCACGCACUGAGGCCUUGACUCUUCUCAAUGGAAAAUGGAUUCUCGCGUACACAUGUUUUGCAGGUUUAUUCCCAUUGUUGUCGAAGGGUACACUGCCCUUAGUGACGGUAGAAGAAAUAUCACAAAUAAUUGACUCAGAAAAUGUUACGGUCGAGAAUAUUGUCUUGCUUGCUGGGCCAUUGGCUACAACUCCAAUUGGUAACGGUGCCAAGUUUGAAGUCCGAAGUCCAAAGAGUGUGCAGAUGAAAUUUGAAGAAGGUAUCAUUGGGACUCCCCAAUUAACUGACUCCAUAGUGAUACCCGAAAAUGUGGAACUUCUGGGGCAAAAGAUUGACCUUUCGCCCUUCGAGGGCUUAAUCAACUCUGUUCAAGACACAGCUUCAUCUGUUGCAAAGACCAUUUCCAGCCAGCCACCAUUGAAGGUCUCUUUCUCAAAAAGCAAUCCUGAAUCAUGGUUACUUACCACUUACCUUGAUGAAGAACUUCGAAUUUCAAGGGAAGAUGGUGGCGGUGUGUUUGUUCUCAUCAAGGAAGGCAGCUCUCUCUUGACAACCUGAGCAAACUAAAAUAUUCUUUUAUAAUUUCUUAUAAGGAUACCGCCUCAACAAAGACAUUUUAUGUAAUAAAUCUUUGGUGAUGAAUGUAAACUGGACCUCUGAAAUGGUGUUUGUAAAGAUAUGAAAGGGUAUAUCCAUAACUUA